GGACAUCGCUGCGGCUCAAGAAGGUUCCAUUGUUAUGGGAAACGGGAAAGUGGAGACCGCGCAGGCGUUGCCUGGAGAACGCCUGGACUCAGAGUAGCAAAAUGGGCCUCUCCCCAACUCCCCUCCUCCUCCCCCAGCACAAGGCAAAGGGCACCCCUUGCUGUGAGUUUGGGGGCACCGGCUGUCGGGGGCCGACCCAGAACUUUGCGGGGUCCCCUGAGGGACCCGUGGCGGGACCGGCCCCGGGUUCGUCAAAUUCCGCCGAUGCUUUCAGGAGGCUGAUUAAACAAAGGACAAGAUUGGAGUGGGAAAUGAGAGGCUCUUAACAGUGGAAGCUUUUUGUUUGUCCAUUUACAAGAAAUUGGACAAUGAAUCACUUCAGGAAGAUGGAGGUCAUCAACCUCACCACCCUACCUAUGAUACCAGUGGAUGAGCACCUGGCUGUCUCGCUUGUUGCACGGAAUACAAUGCUGAAGACUGUGAGGAAGGAGUUAGAGAACAAUCCACCCUCGUGCCUUAUUGGCUCCAUGCACCAGGUGAACCAAAAGAUUGCUGACAUAAAUCUGCGUACCGAGCCGUCGGCCAACACCCUGGCAAUUGAGAGAUUUGAGUCGGAGAAGAAGGCUUUAAGAGAGAAAACUCGCAGCAGUCCAGGAGACAAAGUCAAGAGACAAAGAAAAUCUCAGUAUUCCUGCAAAGGCUCAGAACUCAGACAUGCCAGAUCUUCUGUUAUCAAAAGGAAAACAGCAGAUAAAAAUCUGCUGGCGGAGCUGUACCAGUAUUCCAACUUUAACAGCUCCAAGCCAAACAAGCUUCCGAAUGGCGUGGACUUCUGUGACAUGGUGGGCAACGUGGUCCGGGCUGAGAGAGAUUGCCUUAGUGGAAAGCGUUUCUGUUCAGGUAGAGAAUUAGAGAAGUUUCUCUCUUCUCCUUCUCCAAGAGCCAUCUGGCUAGAUAGCUUUUGGUGGAUAUUUCAUGAGAGGUACCAGCCAAACAAGGAGCUCCAGAAUAAUCUGUUCGACCGGAUAGCCCAGCACUACGCCUUACUUUUGUUUCGUGUACCCAAGUCCCACUAUGAAGAGGCGCUCUUAAAAAGGCUGCCAUCACUUCUGAGCAAAGCUGUGUACACCAGCUUCUGUUGCUGCUUCCCACAGUCCUGGUUCAACACGCACGAAUUCAAGUCUGACAUCUGUAACACAAUGAGCCUGUGGAUUUCAGGCACCUGUCCUAGCCCACAGAGCUAUGACAGCUGGGACUACUCGGAACUAGACCCAGAGCGAUUCCACAGAGAAGAAUUAAUGUUAUACAGAAGAAGACCGAUAAAGGGGAGAGAGUUUUCUUUGUUUGCUGGUAAGAGAGCCUUCUCCCAGAAGCCAGCCCAGAACAGGAAAUUCUACCACCCUCAGUCUUCUAGUGCAAACUCACCCAAUGAAAAAGGCUCUUCGGCCAAGCAGAACUCAGAAAAAAGCUUACGAAUGCAGAAUACUGCAAAAGAGCAUCAUUGUCAGACCCUGGUCUUGAAGAAACCUACACAAGAAGUCAAGAGGAUAUCAGAAGCAAGAGAAUGUGAGAAUAUGUUUCCUAAAAAGUCAUGUGCUGCCUGCAAAAGCCCUGAGCUGACUUCAAACCUCUUCAACAUUUAUGGGAAGAGCCCUCUGAUUGUGUACUUUCUCCAGAACUACGCCAAUCUGCAGCAGCACGGCAAGAAUGUGUUGAUAGUCAGAAGGGAAAAGACCACGAGCACCCCUGACUGCACCCCAACAUAUACUGAUGUCAUCAACGAGACCCUGUGCAGCAUGAAGAAGCGGAAAGACAACCUCAAUCAGUUGUACCAGCGUCACUGGACUGAAUGGAAUUAUUUUGACAAGCAUCUAAAGGAACUGCAAGACAACUUCUCCAGGGAAAUGAAGAAUAUUGAUCAAAAAACAGCAGAUAAAAAAAAGGCAAACCACAUGUUCAUCCCACCUUCAGCCGUCAAUGAGGAAUCACCUGACAAGAAAACUAAGGAGGGGAAAGGAGGACAGGGAAAGAGAAGAGAAACAGAAGUUGAACAUUUCUUUCCACUCACUUCCAAGCCCCGAGGAGCUCCACAACCUAGAACCAGGAAGCACCUACAGAAUCCGUGAUAUUUCUGCUACGAGGUGGAGUGGAACAACAAGAAAAUAAGAAAAUUGUGGCCAAAGACAGAAAUAGGAAUCACGAUUUCUCCAUAGGGGAAAGAUUCCGUUGUAGUUUUUCCUAGGCUGAGUGAAAAGCAGGAGUAGAGAGUUGGUGCUUGGGUCACUACAUUUAUUCAUAAAUUUACUCUUUCGGUAUUUUAUUACUUACAUGUUGGUAAGUAUGUUACAAAUAUGACCUCAUACAAAGGUUAAACUUUCAUACCAGCUAUAUGAAGUAGGGAUUAUCCACUGCAUUUUACACAGCAGCAAGCCCAGGUUUAGAAAGAUUUCCGAAGCUCUCUGCUGUAGACACUGGGUAAUUAACAGUAGAUAAGACACAGUCCCUGUUCUCAAGGAAGUCACCAUCUGGUAGAGGGAAGACAGAUGUAUCAACACAUUAAAUGCUCUAAGUAUUGGACAGAGGAAAAAGAGGAAAGUGUGAGGGAAAAGGAAAAGGGGCCUAGAGGAGUGCAAUUUUUUGUAACAAGCUUUGUAGAACUAUUAAUUUGAUAAUUUGAUAGGCGCUUCUAUUAUGCUGCCUCUGAGCCUUUGCCCCCUGCUCCUCUAACCACUGGGCUUGCCAGCCUAUUUCCAAUAUGCCCCCUUUCUGCCUGGCAAACAUCUUAUCUUUUCUAAACUCAGCCCAGGGACAUGACAUCUGUAAUGUGUUUCUGUGUGACUCCCAGGCUUCUGCCUUCUUAACCUCUCACCUUCCAGCUCAUUUGAGUGAAUCUUUGUCCAAGAAUUGAGAGAAACUUUAUAGGUAAAGCAUGCACAUGUUGUCUGAUUUAAUCUAAAAUAGAAACAAGAAAACAAAAAAUAAUACUGCAACUAGGGACACAUUUAGUCACUCCCAGUUCAUGAGACAAGGAAUAUUAAAGUUCAUUCCUACCAUAGCCAAAGUCAGGAUUUAAAUGUAAAUUAAUUUUUUUAAUUAAAAAAUUUUAAAUUAGGCCGGGCGCAGUGGCUCACGCCUGUAAUCCCAGCACUUUGGGAGGCUGAAGUGGGCAGAUCAUGAGGUCAGGAGUUUGAGACCAUCCUGGCCAACAUGGUGAAACCCCAUCUCUACUAAAAAUACAAAAAUUAGCUGGAUGUUGUGGCAGGCACCUGUAAUUCCAGCUACUGGGGAGGCUGAGGCAAGAGAAUCGUUUGAACCCAGGUGGCAGAGGUUGCAGUGAGCCAAGACCAUGCCAUUGCACUCCAGCCUGGGCAACAAGAGCGAAACUCUGUCUCAAAA